AUGGCGAGAUGGAGUUUCUUGGCACUUGUCCAUGUCGCCGCUUCAGGGAUAUGCUCCUGCCAGAGAGCGAAUGACGAAUUGCCUCUUUCACAAGGAGGGUCUGAUGGAAAUGUAAUACGCAACCUACUGGAUUUGCAAAACGAAGCUUCAUUAGUUAGGCAUCAUAGGGAACCACUAGAACGGAAUGUUUUUGUUCGACCGACAUUAGCUACGCCUAUCACACCGCGCCCAUCGUCUUUCCCGACAAUUUCCCCUUCCAUGUUUCCUUCGAUAGUCCCAUCGAAGAAACCAUCAGGUGCUCCUACGAUUUCAGUACACCCAUCAUUAAUUCCCUCUGCGAUUCCUCGCAUAACUCAAUCAGCAUCUCCAUCAGGAUCUGAAGUCACGCCCACAGUAUCAAUGGUGCCAUCAGAGAGGCCGUCAAAAGUGCCUUCGUCGGAACCGAGCUUUCAACCCUCAGUUGACGAUUUCGUUGAGAAUAUCCCGCUUCGGGACUUGCUUGCACAGACACUUACCACCGAUGCUUCACUGACAACAAAAGGAACCCCACAGAAUAGGGCUUACAGGACCUUGAGUGAAAUAAACGCUGACUUGGACCCAGUGAAUCCGAUCGAUAGAAUUGAGAUUCUGGAACGAUACUCUCUCGUCACGUUUUACUUUGCUACCGGAGGAAACAAAUGGGAAACUAGCACAGCAUGGGCUACUAGUAGUCAUCCUUGCGGAGGGGGGGUUGAAAUACCAUGGUUUGGACUCACUUGUGACGAAACUCAAACUCAUGUUGAAGAAAUCGAAAUAGAAUCAAAUGUAAUGGCCGGCGAAAUUGCAUCGGAAAUUCGAGGGCUGGUUCGACUGAAAUCUCUAAACGUAAUGAAUAACAACAUUACAGGGUCCUUGCCUCCUGAGCUUUGGGGUUUUCAAUCUCUUGAACAUCUCCGCCUCUCAAACAAUAGCUUGGGGGGGUCGAUUCCAGCUGACGUGGGGCAGCUUACAAACAUUAUAGAACUAACGCUGCAGAACAAUGUGAUAUCCGGAUCACUGCCCUCCCAAAUUGGUGCAUUAACAUCUGCUGAGGUUAUUGAUGUGGCAGAAAAUCGACUAAGCGGAUCUUUGCCGAACGAAUUGUCGAAUCUAGUCUCCCUGCGAUCCUUUACUGUUUCAAGAAAUCCUGGUAUCUUUGGUUCUAUCCCCGCCGAAUUCCGAGCGCUUACUAGCCUAGAAACGUUUUCUGCUGGUUUCAGUACACUGACUGGUAGCCUUCCGGACAUCUUUGACGAACUAUCAAGGUUGGUAACCUUUGAAGUCAAAUCCAAUUUCAUCAGUGGGACAAUCCCCCCGACCUUUUUUGCAUCUAAAUCUCUUGAAACCGUGGACAUUAGUGUGAAUUCUUUUGAUUUCCAGCCGUUUCCAACUGAGUUCGGAAGUUUGACGACCUUGGUCAAUCUGGAUGUAUCAGGAAACACUUUUACUGGGUCGUUGCCUUCAGAGAUUGGACAACUCACUCUACUAGAGGAAAUCCGAAUAAACAACAACAAUCUUUCGGGUAACUUGCCUGGGCAGAUAACCAGUCUAGAGAGCCUUCGAGUCAUUGCUCUUUCCAAUAACUUCAUCGGCCCAGAACUGCCAAAUUUGACAACGUUGAGCAACUUGCGUAUCCUUGACCUGAGUUCAACUUUUAUCGCCACUUUUCCACCGGUUAAUGAUCUGGGGCAAUUAGAAGUUUUAGAUCUGUCCAGCACCUUCAUCACCGGUGACCUGCUGCCAACUGAGUUCACAUCUACAUCACUAGUGGCACUUAGUCUUCGAAACAACAACAUGUCAGUCCCAUUGAAUCUCAGAGCACUCUCUUCUAUGCCAAAUUUGGCGAGACUGGACCUGGCUGCCUGCACAUUCAACGGUGUGCUUGCCGAUGUGGACCAGUUUCAAUCCUUGAAAUCUUUGGAUCUAUCUGAUAACUGGUUGAGUAGUACGAUACCCACGAAUAUAGGGAGUGUAACUUCUUUGGAGGAACUUCUGCUUGGCUUCAACUUCAUGUUCGGAACAAUCCCCGUUGAGAUUGGUGAACUCACAAAUCUCGUGACUCUUGACAUUAGCGAUAACUCAUUUGUUGGAGUUAUCCCAGCUGAAGUUGUCAAUCUCCCACGCCUUCAACUUUUGAAUGCAACAGGAAAUGUCAAUCUGACAUUGCCAGAAUGA